AUGUGGAAAGCUGAUGAAUUAUAUGAUGUAGAAGAAUUUGUCAUUCAUGUAUCAACAUCGUUGUCUUUGUCAGCUGACUCCCCAGGUUUAUCAGAAGAAGAGAACGAAAAAGGAAAAAGUGCAGAUCCCUCCUCAAACAUCCAACUUGCUCAAGUAAUAGAACAAGCUAAAAAGGCAAAUAUGGCAGUUUCCAGUAUAAAUGAUUGGAUAAAAACUCUUAAAGAAAGGGGUUCAGGUGCAAAGGGUGACAUAAAAAUUUAUGAAGUGUCUGGUCCUGAAGGCAGUGCUUUUAUUUUUUGUACAUUCACAAGUAAUCCCACGAAAACACAAAUAGACAUCAAUACUGUUUUAAGGAAGGCCAAAGCUUCGUUUUCAAUGGGAAAAGUGUUGCAUUUAUUUGACUCUAAAAGUGUCAUUCAAACAGACUUCCCUGCUAAUACUAGCUUGGAAGAUGCAGUUAAUUUGGCCAUUGAAUUGGAUUUUGAUGAUGUUUUUGAGUUGAGAGAGGAAGAGCAAAGUUUCCUUCAGUUUUCAGGAGCACCAUCACUGCUUAAUAAGUUCAAGACACAAUUGGCUAGUCGAAACUAUGAAAUUCAAUCAGCUGAACUAAUUUAUACACCAGUGAUUCAAGUCUUAAUGUCGGACAAGAAUUUAGAACAUGUGAAAUUUCUGUAUAAGAAGUUCCAAGACUAUCCUGAAAUUGUGAAUAUUUUUGACAAUGUCGCCUGGUCAGAAGACUCGUGAAAAACCAUUUGCCAAAAGGAUAGAUUUAAUGUUAUGUUAGUUUUAUAUACUUGAAAUUUACAAAAAUUUUACUUGAAGUUUACUUGCAAAAUUUACUGAUCAUUGUAAUAUGUAAAUACUCUUGAAAUUGCAAAAUUGAUGGAUCAUUGUAAUAUGUACAUACACCUAAAAAUUGCAUAAUUGAUUGACUUAAUAUUGAAAAUAUUAAUUUUGAUUUUGUUAAUUAUAUUAUCUUAACUGCAAAUGUAAGUUUUUGACUAUAUUAAUAAAACAAUCUGUGAUAUUGCUGAAAUCUGUAAAUAAAAUGUUUUAAUGUUUGAAGACUAAAAUUCAAGUUUUUGUGAAAUAAAAAUGAAACUAGAAAGCAGUAGCCAACAUUUUUGGAAGUUGAAAGUUGUCAGAAAGUCCAAACUACUUGUUUGGUCUGAAAAGAGAUGUAUUGCAGAAAAUGCAAUUAUUAUUACACAUUGUAAAGAUACAAGACUAUAUAAUGUAAAUAACUAGGCAACAUCACGAGAUAAAAUGUUAUUGCAGAUUUUGGUUGCACUGUAAAAACCACUGGUACAUUAGAAUGUUAAAUACAAUAUUAAAAUUUUUUGUAUUUUGUUCAGGUGAAACGAAAACUGUCUUAUGUAUCUACAUCUCAUAAAGUGCAGAAGAAAGUUUUCAAUAUGGAUUACAAUGUGACAGUAAAAUAUAAAUAAUUCUGAAAGAUGCUUCUCAACACAAAUUUAUAAGACUAAAUAAAUGCUAGUAUGUGACUAUCCUUAGCUUGAGAACUUUUGAAAUAGAAAAUCCAGAAAAUAGAAGAGUAGAUAAUUUCUGUAUUCUUUGACUAAAACUUGUGUUCUUUCUGAAAAAUUUUGAAUUUAAGGACAUGCAUGGAUUUAUUUGAAAUAUGUUGACAAAUGAGUAAUUUGUUUUGUUUAAUGAUACUUCACAUUAGCCUUUCUUUUACAAUUUUUUGUAAUGUUUGAAAUUUGAGUUCAUCUUGGUGGAUGAUGAAAAUAUAUCAUGAAGAUAUUUUUUUAGCAUGCAGAAUAAUGCUUUUGUACUGCACAAUCUGUUGUGAUUCUAUGAACAUUCCAACAUGCAGUAAGCUGACUUUUCCAGGUGAUCCUAAAGAUGCUCAGUAGGAUUGAGUGUGAGAACUGAGCCAUUUUAAUUUUAAUUCAACUGCAAUCAACAAAGGUUUUUCUAAUCUCUGGAACCAGUGUUGUAGGUAUUGUCAACCUUUUGCCUCAGAAAUGUGUACUUCUGAUCAAUUCUCAUGAUCCAUGUUUACACAGGAUGGGGCAAAUUUUAAUUUAGAGUAGUGGAUCCAAUGUGUGCUGGGGAAAUAAAGCAUGGCCUCUAGCUCCUUCCAGGUUUUAUCUAUUAUGAUUAUAAAUAUUUCGUUAAGUCUUGCUAUUAAAACUACGUAGGUUGGUACUUAUUUACCUGGUCCUCCUCAUAAAUAUAUAACUGUUUCACCCAAUCACACGUAGCAGCUGCAUUUUUCCAUAUCAGAUGGGGCUGUUUAUUCUUUGUAAGCAACUACUUGCUCACUUACAGAUCAAUAGUGACAAUAUUCAGCGAAUAGUGCAUCAUAAUAUUGUGUUUUAUGGUCAACAUCUUACAGUAAUUUUAAUCUGGC